UAUAAUUUAUAUUUCUUUUUUCUAUUAAGAUCCAGUCGCGACCAAAUGGACUCAUACGAUUGGAAAUAACCGAUACCAGUAGCUUAUUUGAUUCGAAGAAGUCUAAUUUACGAUUUUCAGAUGAAGAGAAAAAGUCACUCCAGAAAUUUAUUAGCAAUGGUUGUCUACAUCCACAAGAAUUUUGUAGCUGGAUAGAGGGAAUUGUAACUGAAGUUGUUUCUGAGUUACCAGGUUCUGAUGGCAAACAGAUAAUAAAAGUAAACGAACCAUCACCCUUUGAUGCAGAAAUUAAAAUGAGUAGGAGUGGUCCCGCAAUUAGAUUAACGUUAUGUGUACCAGAAGAAUCCGAGAUACGCAUUAAUUUAGAAUUUGUAAUAGCUUUCAAAAUAAAUCCAAUCAGGUCAUUUAUAACGAACGUCUCCUGGUUUGAAAAGUAUCCAGGAAUACCGUGGCUCGCAGCCCCAAUAGUUUCAGACGAUACAAGUUCUGAUCUUCAAGAUAGUUGGAGACUUGAUUUCCUCCUUCAUGAGAAAGAGAUACUCUCUCAUACAUAUUCUCGUUUAAGACCUAUUAUAAAACAAAUGAAGAUGUUACGAAAUACUCAAAAGUGGACAUGUUUGAAGAACUAUUUCAUAGAUACGAUAUUUCUCAACAAUCUAGAAGAAUUAGGUAAAGACUUGAACGAACAGUCAAAGACAUCUAUGUUUUUCAAGAUGCUUAAAACUCUAAGGGAAGUAUGUGAGCAAUGUAAAAUAGACUAUUUUUGGAAACCAAGUAUCAAUUUAAUGGAGGGGAGUGAUCCCUCAGAAAUGAUGACUAUUGCUAAUCGUAUUGGUGACAUCAUACAGGAUAUUGAAAACAACAUUAAGACGCAGUCAUUCAUAUUGGCUAAGUAUAUCUUAACAGGAGAUGAAUUAAAAACAUUAGCGGACAAAUCACGUUUACAUGGACAUAAAUACAGUGGAGUAAAUUUACAAGAUUUAUAUAAAAUAACGAAACAGGACGAUAUGUAAGCACAUGAGCGUAAUAGACUAUUAGUUGCAACACCGAAGAGAUACUAGUAAAGAGUAGCAGCAGAGUGACCAGUUUGAGAAUGGGAGCCAACGAGAAUCAGCCCCUCC